CAGCACCACCGCCAUCAGGAUCAGAGGUGCAUAGCGGCUUGCAGCGACCAUGUCCAAGAGUACGGCCGGAAAGAGCAAAAAGACCACCAGCACGGGCACCGGCAGUGGUACGGCCACCGGCCCGGCGAUCUCCAAAAAGGCUGACCCCAAAGCAGGAUCCAAGGGAGUGGCCGUUUCGUCCAAGCCGGACGGAGCAGUCGCUUCGGCCCCGCCCAAGACCAAAACGAACGAAAUCGACGACAUCUUCAGCGGCAACUACUCAAAGGAUAAAGGGAGCGCCGCCGGCGAAUCCGAAAAGCGCAAGGCCCCCGAGCCUGUCGCCGCCGGGCCAGAGCCCGCAAAGAAGAAGAAGGGCAAGUCCAAGUCCAGCUCCCAGAGCGAAAGUCAGGCAGAUUCCAAGCCCACUCCUUCAGCCGAGGCCAAGGCGACGGCGACGCCAGUGGUCGUUACCGUCGAUCUCUCGCAGGCCGGCAAGGUUGAGAAGACUGAGCUUCCCGACGACACGGAUGGAUUUGCCAACAGCCGUGGUCUAAAAGUGCGAGGAUACACAGAAGAAGGAUACAAAAUCUACGGAGAGGACGAACUGUUCUCUUCGACAGGAGGAGAUACGGAGGACUGUCCGUUCGAUUGCCGAUGCUGCUACUGAAUCAUCCCGCGCUGAAUGCCCAUACUAUGUCCGAUGGGAGCUGGAGAACAGACCUCUCAAGCGAUUUCGAUAGGGAGCGGCCGCAUUGGCGACAAGAUCUGGUGUGCUCGCGCUUAUGCCCCGGAGCUGGCGUGGCUGCAAGCGCCCGCUUUGGUGCACCCUCUGCAUCAUCGCAGCUUGGUCCGGUUAGUGCACAGUGGCCAUCAUGUGUGGUGAUUGGAGAGAAGUGAUUCUCGUACAAUCGCAACGUCAUGUCCUGACGUGGGUGAUUCAAGGAGGCAGGCGAAGGCAUUUGCAAGUCAGAGUCUGGACGCUCUCGCCUGUACCUUCCUCCCUCCCCUCCCUAUCGUUAAAUAUAUCCGAAGCUCGACCCACA